UCAAAAUAUAUCACGUUCAUAUUUCAGAAUAAUGUUUGAAUGGUAAUUUUAGAAACAACCGGAAAUUGGUAGUUAUAGCCUUGAUGAUUGGUCAACUUGGUCCAAUAAUUAGCUUCAAUACAACGCACUUUGGCGUAAACACAAACAUGGCGGCUGAUUUCAAGACAGCUCACCCAAGAGAAUAUUACAGACGAUUUUUGGAAAAAGAUGUCCGACCUGAUGGCAGGGAGCUGGGGGAAUUCCGUGCGACAGUGCUGAAUAUAGGAUGCGUCACAACAGCUGAGGGCUCGUCCCUGGUCAGACUAGGCAACACCACUGUCAUGUGUGGAAUAAAAGCUGAACUUGCUGCCCCCAAAACUGACACACCUAAACAAGGCUAUAUAGUACCAAACGUCGAGUUGUCCCCCUUGUGCUCACCUCAGUUCCGACCAGGACCACCAGGUGAACAAGCUCAAGUGUUGAGUCAACUUAUGGCUGAAGUGGUUUCUAGCUCGAACUGUAUACAGUUAGAAGACUUAUGCAUCGUUCCUCAAAAGUUGGUGUGGGUGUUGCACUGUGACAUGGUGUGCCUCAACUACGAUGGGAACAUCACCGAUGCUUGUGUCCUGGCUCUCCUUGCAGCCUUCAGAAACACUCAACUGCCGGGUGUGCAUGUCAGCGAGGAGACGGAGGAGGUGGAGACAGACUUGAGGAGUACCGACCCCCUGCAGCUCCGGAGUCUCCCAGUCUCAACCACCUUCAACUGCUUCGAUGACCGCAUCCUGUUUGUAGACCCUACAGCGGAUGAAGAGAGCUUAGCCACGGGAAUGAUCACCAUAGUAACUGCUGCUGACAAGAUGUGUAUGCUGCAUAAACCAGGCGGUAGUCCGCUCAGUGAGAGCCAGAUCCAGCAGUGUAUCAACAGAGCAAAGGCUCGCAGUCAACAAGUUCUCAAACUCAUUGAAGACACCCUUGUUAGUGUGGAUAGAUGACAUUAAACAUUCAUUGCUCUAAA